UUCGGAACCACGUUUAGCAAACGACUUUUGGAGUAUUUGCGAAUUUCCUUCAAAUUUUCUGGAAAAUGGUUUGAGUUUGAGAAAUAUCGAAGUUUCUUUCUGAACACGAUACUUCAAGAUGGCGUCCUACAUGGCCCCCGGUGUCGAGAUCACCGAGGAAAAACUGCAGGAGAAAGCUCGGAAAUGGCAGCAGUUGCAGUCGAAACGCUACAGCGAGAAACGAAAGUUUGGUUUUGUGGAAGCGCAAAAGGAGGACAUGCCACCAGAACAUGUGAGAAAGAUCAUACGAGACCAUGGCGACAUGUCUAGCAGGAAAUACAGACAUGACAAGAGAGUUUAUUUGGGAGCAUUGAAAUACAUGCCUCAUGCAAUCCUCAAGUUGUUGGAAAACAUGCCAAUGCCUUGGGAACAGAUUCGUGAUGUUAAAGUUUUGUAUCAUGUCACCGGAGCGAUAACCUUCAUCAAUGAAAUACCCUGGGUCAUGGAGCCUGUGUACAUUGCACAGUGGGGAACAAUGUGGAUCAUGAUGCGACGAGAAAAGCGAGAUCGUCGUCAUUUCAAAAGGAUGCGUUUUCCUCCGUUUGACGAUGAGGAACCGCCCUUGGAUUAUGCAGACAACAUUUUGGACGUAGAACCACUGGAGGCGAUUCAGAUUGACCUCGAUCCAGAGGAGGAUUCCCCUGUGUACGAGUGGUUUUAUGAUCAUAAACCAUUAGUUGAUACAAAAUUUGUAAAUGGCUCAACAUACAGAAAGUGGAACCUUUCUUUGCCCAUGCAAUCUACAUUAUAUCGUCUUGGCAACCAACUGCUCUCUGAUCUUGCUGAUGGGAAUUUUUUCUACCUGUUCGACAUGAAGGCAUUUUUUACUGCCAAAGCGCUCAACAUUGCAAUUCCCGGAGGGCCAAAGUUCGAGCCGUUGGUUCGCGAUGUGAGCAGGAACGACGAGGACUGGAACGAGUUUAAUGAUAUCAACAAAAUUAUCAUCCGGCAACCGGUCAGAACCGAGUACCGCAUUGCGUUUCCUUAUCUCUAUAACAGCCUGCCUUUUAAAGUCCAUCUGUUAUGGUAUCAUUAUCCAACUGUUGUUUACAUCAAAACCGAAGAUCCUGAUCUGCCUGCAUUUUAUUUUGAUCCUUUGAUCAAUCCUAUAUCACAUCGUCACGCAAUCAAGAGCGCUGAACCUUUACCCGAAGAAGACGACAGUUUUGAAUUGCCUGAAGACUUUCAACCAUUCUUACAAGAAACACCAUUAUAUACGGACAACACUGCAAAUGGGAUUGCUUUAUUGUGGGCCCCAAGGCCCUUCAACAUGCGAGCAGGGAGGACAAGAAGAGCUCUGGACAUUCCACUCGUGAAUUCCUGGUAUCAGGAACAUUGUCCCGCAAAUCACCCUGUGAAAGUUAGGGUUUCCUAUCAAAAACUACUCAAAUGUUUUGUGCUGAAUGCUUUGAAACACAGGCCACCAAAGGCACAAAAGAAACGCUACUUGUUCCGAUCCUUCAAGUCGACAAAAUUCUUUCAAACCACGACCCUCGACUGGGUCGAGGUUGGUCUGCAAGUUUGUCGCCAAGGAUAUAACAUGCUCAAUCUGCUGAUCCAUCGAAAGAAUCUCAACUACCUGCAUUUGGAUUACAAUUUUAAUCUGAAGCCGGUGAAAACGCUGACCACAAAGGAACGAAAGAAAUCUCGUUUUGGCAACGCGUUCCAUUUGUGUCGUGAGAUCCUACGGUUGACGAAGUUAGUCGUGGAUUCCCAUGUGCAAUAUCGUUUAGGAAACGUCGACUGUUACCAGCUUGCUGAUGGCCUGCAGUACGUCUUCGCCCACGUCGGUCAACUUACAGGGAUGUAUCGGUAUAAAUACAAGUUGAUGAGGCAAAUCAGAAUGUGCAAAGAUUUAAAACAUCUUAUUUACUAUCGCUUUAAUACCGGUCCGGUGGGUAAAGGACCUGGCUGUGGUUUCUGGGCGCCAGGGUGGCGUGUCUGGCUGUUCUUCCUUCGCGGCAUCGUCCCCCUCCUGGAACGAUGGCUGGGCAACCUGCUCGCCCGACAAUUCGAAGGACGACACUCGAAAGGCGUGGCCAAGACGGUCACCAAGCAACGUGUUGAGAGUCACUACGAUCUCGAGUUGCGCGCUGCAGUGAUGCACGAUAUUCUUGAUAUGAUGCCUGAGGGAAUCAAACAGAACAAAGCCAGGACGAUCUUGCAACAUCUCAGCGAGGCGUGGCGUUGUUGGAAAGCCAACAUCCCAUGGAAGGUUCCCGGACUGCCGACCCCUAUCGAAAACAUGAUUCUUCGUUACGUGAAGGCCAAAGCUGAUUGGUGGACGAACACGGCGCAUUACAACCGAGAGCGUAUUCGGCGCGGUGCCACAGUUGAUAAAACCGUUUGUAAGAAAAACCUGGGAAGAUUGACGCGUUUGUACCUCAAAGCUGAACAAGAAAGACAACAUAACUACCUGAAGGAUGGUCCUUACAUAUCCGCAGAAGAGGCAGUCGCUAUCUACACCACGACCGUUCAUUGGCUUGAGAGUCGCAGAUUUUCUCCGAUUCCUUUCCCACCUCUUUCAUACAAACACGACACAAAACUUCUUAUCCUUGCGUUGGAGAGACUUAAAGAAGCUUACAGCGUGAAAAGUCGAUUAAAUCAAUCUCAACGAGAGGAACUGGCGUUGAUUGAACAAGCGUACGACAAUCCUCAUGAAGCCUUGAGUAGAAUUAAACGUCAUCUUCUCACCCAAAGAGCUUUUAAAGAGAUUGGUAUCGAGUUUAUGGAUCUCUACAGUCACCUGAUUCCAGUGUACGAUGUUGAGCCAUUGGAGAAGAUUACAGAUGCAUAUUUAGAUCAGUAUUUGUGGUACGAGGCGGACAAACGAAGACUCUUCCCCCCCUGGGUCAAACCUGCCGACACAGAACCCCCUCCUUUGUUGGUGUACAAAUGGUGUCAAGGCAUCAAUAAUCUUCAAGAUGUUUGGGAAACUGGUGAAGGAGAGUGUAACGUGAUGAUGGAAGCACAAUUUGAAAAGUUGUAUGAGAAAAUUGAUUUGACGUUGCUCAACAGAUUGUUACGACUCAUCGUGGAUCACAACAUUGCUGAUUAUAUGACAGCCAAGAACAACGUUGUCAUUAACUACAAGGAUAUGAAUCACACCAAUUCCUAUGGCAUUAUUCGUGGUCUCCAGUUUUCAUCGUUCAUCGUCCAGUAUUACGGCCUUGUUUUGGAUCUGCUAAUGCUUGGUCUCCAGCGAGCCAGCGAGAUGGCUGGACCACCACAAAUGCCAAACGAUUUCCUGACUUAUCAAGACGUACAAACCGAGGCAUCUCAUCCCAUUCGCUUGUAUUCCCGUUAUGUUGAUCGACUGCACGUCUUCUUCAGGUUCACAGCCGAAGAAGCCCGCGAUCUAAUCCAGCGGUAUCUGACCGAACAUCCUGACCCGAACAACGAGAAUAUCGUCGGUUACAACAACAAGAAAUGCUGGCCAAGAGAUGCUCGAAUGCGACUCAUGAAACACGAUGUGAAUUUGGGACGUGCCGUGUUCUGGGACAUGAAGAACCGUCUGCCGCGGUCAGUCACGACACUGGAGUGGGAGAACAGCUUCGUGUCUGUGUACAGCAAGGAUAAUCCGAACUUGUUAUUUGAUAUGAGCGGUUUCGAGUGUAGAAUUCUUCCUAAAUGUCGCACGAGUUUUGAAGAGUUCACUCAUCGAGAUGGGGUGUGGAAUUUACAAAACGAGGUCACAAAGGAACGGACCGCCCAGUGUUUCCUCAGAGUAGACGACGACUCUCUCCAGAAGUUCCACAAUCGUGUUCGCCAGAUUCUUAUGGCUUCCGGUUCGACGACAUUCACGAAGAUCGUAAACAAGUGGAACACAGCUCUGAUCGGCUUGAUGACCUACUUCAGAGAGUCCGUUGUGAACACGCAAGAGCUGCUUGAUCUUCUCGUGAAAUGUGAAAAUAAGAUUCAAACUCGUAUCAAGAUUGGUCUGAACUCGAAAAUGCCAAGUCGUUUCCCGCCAGUUGUAUUUUACACGCCGAAAGAGCUCGGAGGACUGGGGAUGCUGUCCAUGGGUCAUGUUCUCAUUCCACAAUCUGAUUUGAGAUGGUCACAACAGACGGACACAGGGAUCACUCAUUUUCGUUCUGGUAUGAGCCACGAUGAAGAUCAAUUGAUUCCUAACUUGUAUCGAUAUGUCCAACCAUGGGAAAGUGAAUUCAUCGACUCGCAACGCGUGUGGGCAGAAUACGCUUUGAAACGCCAGGAGGCAAACGCACAGAACAGACGUCUGACACUCGAGGAUCUCGAGGACUCGUGGGAUCGUGGAAUUCCUCGCAUCAACACGCUGUUUCAAAAGGAUAGACACACUUUGGCUUAUGAUAAAGGAUGGAGAGUUAGGACAGAUUUUAAACAGUAUCAGGUUUUGAAACAGAAUCCAUUCUGGUGGACACAUCAGCGACACGAUGGCAAGCUGUGGAACUUGAACAACUAUCGUACGGACAUGAUCCAGGCCUUAGGUGGAGUUGAAGGCAUUCUCGAGCACACCUUGUUCAAAGGAACGUAUUUCCCGACAUGGGAAGGUUUGUUUUGGGAGAAAGCCAGUGGAUUCGAGGAAUCAAUGAAAUACAAGAAGCUGACGAAUGCUCAAAGAUCUGGUUUGAAUCAAAUUCCAAAUCGACGAUUCACAUUAUGGUGGUCACCCACUAUUAACCGAGCUAAUGUGUACGUUGGUUUUCAAGUCCAACUUGAUUUGACAGGUAUUUUCAUGCAUGGCAAAAUCCCAACGCUAAAGAUCUCCUUGAUUCAAAUUUUCCGUGCUCAUUUGUGGCAGAAAGUUCACGAAAGUGUCGUCAUGGAUUUAUGCCAGGUAUUCGAUCAAGAAUUGGACGCUCUGGAAAUUGAGACGGUUCAAAAGGAGACCAUUCAUCCCCGAAAAUCCUACAAGAUGAACAGUUCAUGUGCGGACAUCUUGCUGUUCGCUGCCUACAAGUGGAACGUUUCAAAGCCCUCGCUCCUCGCCGACUCGAGAGACAUAAUGGACAGCACAACAACUCAGAAAUAUUGGCUGGAUAUUCAGCUGCGAUGGGGCGAUUAUGAUUCGCAUGACAUCGAAAGAUACACGCGUGCAAAAUAUCUUGAUUAUACCACAGAUAACAUGAGUAUCUAUCCGUCACCCACCGGCGUUCUCAUUGGCCUUGAUCUCGCUUAUAAUUUACACAGUGCAUUUGGCAACUGGUUCCCGGGUGUAAAGCCUCUCCUGCAACAAGCGAUGGCCAAGAUAAUGAAAGCUAACCCAGCUUUGUACGUCCUGCGAGAACGCGUGAGGAAGGCAUUGCAACUGUACUCCAGUGAACCUACCGAGCCGUAUUUAUCAUCUCAAAACUAUGGUGAACUGUUCUCCAAUCAGAUUAUAUGGUUUGUUGAUGACACAAAUGUCUACAGAGUUACAAUACACAAGACAUUUGAAGGCAACUUGACAACAAAGCCCAUCAACGGAGCUAUCUUCAUUUUCAAUCCAAGAACUGGUCAGCUUUUCCUGAAGAUCAUUCACACUUCUGUGUGGGCCGGUCAAAAACGUCUUGGUCAGCUGGCUAAAUGGAAAACUGCGGAAGAAGUGGCCGCUUUGAUUCGUUCUCUGCCCGUUGAAGAACAGCCAAAACAAAUCAUCGUCACAAGGAAAGGAAUGUUGGAUCCACUGGAGGUUCAUUUACUUGAUUUCCCGAAUAUCGUCAUUAAAGGCAGUGAACUGCAACUGCCUUUCCAGGCUUGCCUGAAGGUUGAAAAACUUGGUGAUAUGAUUUUGAAAGCGACGGAACCUCAGAUGGUGUUGUUCAAUUUGUACGACGAUUGGUUGAAAACGAUCUCCUCGUACACUGCGUUUUCUCGUUUGAUCUUAAUCUUGCGAGCACUUCAUGUGAAUCCAGAUCGUACCAAGGUUAUAUUGAAGCCAGAUAAGACGACCAUCACCGAACCACAUCAUAUCUGGUCCACUUUGACCGAUGAAGAAUGGGUGUCUGUCGAGGUUGCCUUGAAAGAUUUGAUCUUGGCUGAUUAUGGAAAGAAAAAUAACGUGAACGUGGCAUCGCUUACACAGUCCGAGAUUCGUGACAUUAUCUUGGGAAUGGAGAUCUCAGCUCCUUCACAGCAGCGCCAGCAGAUUGCAGAAAUCGAGAAACAAACCAAGGAACAAUCACAGCUCACAGCGACGACCACCAGAACCACAAACAUUCACGGUGACGAGAUUAUCGUAUCGACCACGAGCAAUUACGAAACGCAGACGUUCGCAUCGAAGACUGAAUGGCGAGUUCGCGCCAUUUCCGCGACGAAUCUGCACUUGAGAACCAAUCAUAUUUACGUAUCUUCCGAUGAUAUCAAAGAAACUGGAUUCACUUAUAUUCUGCCCAAGAACGUUCUGAAGAAGUUUAUUGUGAUUGCUGAUUUGAGAACGCAGAUUUCUGGAUACAUGUACGGCGUAAGUCCACCUGACAACCCGCAAGUGAAGGAAAUUCGUUGCAUCGUCAUGGUACCUCAGUGGGGUACACAUCAGACCGUUCACCUUCCAAAUAUGUUGCCACAACACGACUAUCUUAAGGAAAUGGAACCUCUCGGUUGGAUCCACACACAGCCAAAUGAACUGCCCCAGCUUUCACCACAGGACGUUACAACCCAUGCGAAAAUCAUGGCCGACAAUCCAUCUUGGGAUGGCGAGAAAACUGUCAUUAUAACUUGCAGUUUCACUCCAGGCUCGUGUUCCUUGACGGCUUACAAGCUCACGCCGUCUGGCUACGAAUGGGGGCGAAACAACAAGGAUACGGGAAACAACCCCAGGGGAUAUUUACCCUCGCAUUACGAGAAAGUUCAGAUGCUUCUGUCGGAUCGUUUUCUCGGAUUCUUUAUGGUGCCCGCUCAAGGCUCUUGGAAUUUCAACUUCAUGGGCGUGCGUCAUUCGCCCAGUAUGAGAUACGAAUUGAUGUUGUCGAACCCUAAAGAGUUUUAUCACGAGGUCCAUCGUCCGUCUCAUUUCCUGAACUUCAGCACGCUCGAGGAUUCUGAACUGGUCAGUACAGACAGAGAGGAUGCCUUUAGUUAGGCUCAGUUUCUCUUUAUUUGCGCAAAAGAUAUGAUUGCUCGGAACUAUAGUUUAUUAUGUGACUAUUUAGCGACUGAAUAGCGGUCUCUUAGCAAAAAAAGUGUAGAAUUAUCUGAGCUGCAAAACGUUAAGUGUUGAGACCAAUGUUACCCAGUCUUAUACUUAUGGCUUUGCAAUGUUUUAUUCAGUGUGUCAUUUUCAAUCUUUCUCAAGCGAGGCUUCCACUCAAAAUUUUGUAACUCUGGUGUUCUUUCAUACACCAUCAUCUCAUUAGUACCAUUGGAACAAUGUUUCCAAUUGUAAAUAUGCAAUUUAUCUC